UAAGAGCUCAAACGCCAUCCAGUUAGAAGCCGGAACGGAUCGCACACGGAACGCUUGCAGCGAGAUUCAGUGCCAGUGCCAGUGUCAGUGCCAGUGUUAGUGUCGCCAGAUCCCAGCCAGAAACCAUAGCCAUAGACAAUUAGCAGCCAAGGCCCAUAGCUAGUGAAAUCAGAGAAUGUCGCUAAUCCCGUUUAUACUUGAUCUGGCCGAGGAGCUGCACGACUUUAACUUCAAUCGCAGCGCCAGCCUCGGCCUCGGCCUGGGCAUGGGCAUGGGCAUGGGCAUGGAUAUUGACGAUGUUGGUUUCGGUAUGUAUCCGCUGGAACAGCUGGCCGCUGCAUCGGCUGCCGCACAGCCGCCCCAGCACUCGCAUCCGCAGCUAUCGCCCUCAAACAGUGCGCGUCGUGGCACACGUCUCGCCCACGCCCACGCCCACGGUCAGACGCCAGCAGCAUCGGUGCUGUGGGUGCCCAUCAAGGGUGGGCAGGGCCAGCAGCAGCGUCAUCAUCCCUACAGCCGUGUGGCCGGCGCCAAGACCGUCUGCUGCAAUAAGUCGCUGCUGGAGCUGGAGAAGGAGCUGGGCGACAAGGUCAACUCGUCCACUUCGGGCGCUGGCUCGCUCUCCGGCGGCGGCAGCUCGGCGAAUGCCAGCAAAUCGGCAUCCGCCUAUUCGGUGGUCAAUCGGAACGGCUUCCAGGUGAGCAUGAACGUCAAGCAGUUCGCACCUGACGAGCUAACCGUUAAGACCAUCGACAACUGCAUCGUGGUCGAGGGGCAGCACGACGAAAAGGAGGACGGCCACGGCGUCAUCUCGCGUCACUUUAUACGCAAAUACAUGCUGCCGAAGGGCUUCGAUCCGGCCGAUGUCCAUUCCACGCUUUCUUCGGAUGGCAUACUCACCGUUAAGGCGCCACCACCGCCACCUCCGCCCGCCGCCAAAGCGGGCGAGGAGCGACCCAUUGAGCGCAUCGUCGACAUACAGCAGUCGGUUCCAGUCCCAUUAGCCGUACUGGCGCAGUCCAAGGAUGCGCAGCAGAUGCCAGCUGCAAAAAGUGCAGCCAGCGACGAGGAGCAGCCAACCCCAAAAACAGCUGCACUCGCUCCCAUCAACGAGCAGAAGAGCGCCGAAGAGCGUAACGGCAGCGGCAGCGGCAGCGGCAAUGGAGAGCCAGACGCUGUCGUCGACGGCGACGGCGACGUCAACGCAACUAAAAUUGCUGAGGAAACUGCAAAUGCAAAAACAAAAGAGAACGAGAAAGAGAAAGAGACUGAGCCCGUUGUGCAAACUUCCAAUUCCAAUUCAAUUUCCACUUCUAAUUCCAAUGGCGAGCAGCAGCAGGCGAUUUCGGAGUCAAAGUUAAUGGAAGUGGACACGGCUGAAGAUGCCAUCGUUGCCACCGCAACCAUUGGCGAGAAGGAGGACUCCACUGAAGCUGCCGUCAGCAGCAGCGGCACAGCCUCGGCCGAGGCCGAUGAGGCGAAAACCGAAGAUGCCAAUGCAAACGGUAAUUCGUCCAGCUCCAACUCAAAUUCGAAUGCCGAAAAAGCUGUUGCCGAGCAAGAAACAGAUGCGGAGUUGCCAGCCGCCAAAAAAGCCAAAACAGAAACCGAUGAGCCGCCCGUGGAGCAGGAGAAAGUCGAAAAGUGCGCCGCCAAGGGCGCGGAGGAGAUCGCUGCCGUAGACGCCGCCAUUCUACUGGCCAAGAAGCAGGCCAGCGAGAACGGCGCAACCGCCGGCAAGGCUGAGGAGCCGCCCCUAGCAGCGGCCAAGUGAAUGUAGAGACUGACAGAAUUGAUACACAUGGCAGAGAACUAAACAAAAACUAAUAAUAAUAAUAAUAAUAAUGAUAAUGAUAACAGAACAAAAUAUCUAAUUGGAAUGCGUUUUAUUCUAUAAAUGUUUUUUGUUUGUGUGUGUUUUCAAUAAUUCACAAUAAAUAAUACAUGAUAGGGCCUGCAGGUAAACGAGAUGAGAACUAUGAUAUAUGAAAUUAUGAUUUCCUAAACAAGUGUGAAACAAUUACGACUACAAGUAUUCAGUAAAAAUAAGCGUAUUAUGUACUUAAAAUUUGAAGUAAAUAAAGAUUCAAAGAGUGCGUU